AUGUUCUACCGAGAGAUAGCAGAACUUCAUCUCCGUCCGAUGCAAAUCAGGCACGUCGUGGGACGCAAUUUUGGGACGCCUCUGCAUGACCUCUCAGAAAAAGUGGCCCAGAACUACGUAAACCACUAUUCUAGAACUUACCUAGAAAACCAUGAUAGAGUCGACGAUCUCCGGAACUGGAUACACGCGAGGGAUUUCACAGGAAAUGAAGCAAAGGACCAACCCUUCACGUUUGCGUGGAACAUGGAUAGCGGCGGCAAACUUAUAGUUGGUGACGGAUCGGAUCAACGGUCCUUUGUUGUAGGGACGACGACCAAGGGUCUAGUUAUGCAAGUGCUACAGCCGCCCGACAGCUUCAUCCAGCACAUGGACGCCACGUAG